AUGGCGAAUAAGCCUGAUCAUUCUCAUAACCAUCACCAAUCUUCGAGGAAGUUGAUGCUUGUACUGUAUUUCACGAGUGUUCUUGGGAUUGGAUUCGUUGCAGCUUUUCUUUUUGUAUCUUCUUCUAGAUUUCAUUCUCCGGCGUUUUUUCCCGUAAACCAACCGGAGAUUCAAAUUCCGAACAUCCAUUCCGACAUUGUUCGAAAGAGAAGCAAACAAUUGAAUGAUACAAAAGAUCAUGUCCGAUUGUUAUCAGCUACAUUUGCCGAUUUGCCGGCGCCGGAAUUACAAUGGGAGCAAAUGCCGUCAGCUCCAGUUCCUCGACUUGACGGAUACUCUGUACAAAUCAAAAACCUUUUGUAUGUCUUCUCUGGCUAUGGCAGUCUCGACUACGUUCAUUCUCAUGUGGAUGUGUUCAAUUUCACAGACAAUAAAUGGUGUGAGAGAUUCGACACUCCUAAAGAGAUGGCGAAUUCGCAUCUCGGGAUUGCGACGGAUGGAAGAUUCUUGUAUGUGAUUUCGGGGCAGUAUGGUCCUCAAUGUAGAGGACCCACUUCUCGUUCCUUUGUCUUGGACUCAACCACAAAGACGUGGCUUGAGUUCCCUUCACUACCAGCUCCAAGGUAUGCUCCUGCGACUCAGAUAUGGAGAGAGAGGCUACACGUGAUGGGCGGAAGCAAAGAGAAUCGCAAUGCGGUUGCUUUUGACCAUUGGAGCAUUGCUGUAAAAGACGGAAAAGCACUCGACGAAUGGCGGGAAGAGGUUCCAAUCCCUCGAGUUGCUAACGACAAACUACUUGUGAUUGGCGGUCAAGAAGGUGACUUCAUGGCGAAACCUAACUCACCCAUCUUCAAGUGCUCACGUAGACGCGAGAUCUUCAAUGGCGAGGUGUACAUGAUGGACGAGGAGAUGAAGUGGAAAAUGUUACCACCAAUGCCAAAGAACAAUUCUCACAUUGAAUCCGCGUGGGUCAUCGUCAAUAACUCGAUCAUUAUUGUCGGUGGAACCACGGAUUGGCAUCCAGUGACGAAAAGGCUUGUUCUAGUUGGAGAGAUUUUCCGGUUUCAGCUAGACACUUUGGCAUGGUCUGUGAUCGGACGGUUACCGUACCGUGUCAAAACUGCGUUGGCCGGAUUCUGGAAUGGUUAUUUGUACUUCACGUCAGGGCAACGCGAUAGAGGACCGGACAAUCCACUGCCUGGGAAAGUUAUUGGAGAAAUGUGGAGAACCAAGUUGAAGUUUUGA